UUCUCAGAAUCUAAAGGCCGUUUGCAAGCUGUGCUUUUUUAAGAACGCCUAUACGUGCUUAUGUGUGAACACCGAUUAGUUGUACGUUAGAAAGUGGACGAGACAACACAGCACUUGCAUCAUGUCGUCAUCAUCCACUACAACUCCGACAUCGCCUCGCUCGAGAAUGGAGGCAACGAAGACGGGUAUCCAUGGUCGAUUGUAUCGCAUCAAGAAAACAUGCGCACGUGUUCGGCUACUAGAUCUCGACAACGAGGAAGCUCGGGUCGACAUCGCCAUCCUCCGUCGGAUCCUAGGCUUAGGCGUCAACGAUCUCCGCGAUGUUCUUCGCCGCAGCGCCCACGUCCACGUUGACUUGAUGCCGAUGAAGGCAGCCCCUCGCAUCUUUCAGCGGAGCAGUGCGCCGUGGAACGUGGUCAACAUCCGACUCGCAAAUGGGGAACCGGUGGAUAAAGCAGCAGCCGUCUUUGCCAACCCAGCCGCCUAUUUCAUUGGGAAACGGAACAUGCAGAUUCCUUUCAAGCGAUCACGGCCAUGUAUCAGGCCAGAGAUGACGGGGAUCGUCGUGGAGGCGAUCUGGAGUAUCUUCAAUGAGAUGGAUGUUGCAAGUAUCGAUGUCAAGGAUAUGCUGGAGAAACUCAAGGGUCGUUUCAGCAAGAAUGAGCUACCAGUGAUUCAUGGAGAGAGUCAAACUCUAUAUCAGAGAUUCCGGAGAUGGUUUAUGACUCUUCCUCUCUACUUCACACUAAGAUGGGGCAAGGAGGACGGAGCGACCAUGAUAUCUCUCCAUCCAGGGUUCGUUGAAGCCGACAUCCAGAAGGAGAUACGACGUCGAGCUCUUCUUCUCUUUAAGCGACGCAGUCGGAACGGACGAAGGCGUAAUCGCAGUCGUAGUCGUAGCAUUGGCAGUGAACACAGCGAUGGGGAUGUGUCUAUUCUUGAAGAACAGACACCAAUCCGUGCUAGCACUGCCCGAGUCCCGGUCAUCAACGAAUCUGCUAAGUGCUCCGUGGUAGUCGAUACAUUGUUCAAAGAUUCGGCUAAAGCUGGUAUGCUCGUCAUCAGCUUCGAUUGCAAAGGACCCAUUCUAGAAGAUGAAAAGAUGGAUAUAACCCUCGUCCAAUUGUCAACCAUUGAUGGUGAAGUAUGGAUAUUUGACGUAACCGAGAAAGAGGGAAAGACAUCUUUGAUGAAAGAAGGACGCCUUAAAGAACUACUGGAAGCAGAUCGUGUCAUGAAAGUCAUGCACGAUUGUCAGAAAACUGCCUCUAAUCUCUACCGUCAGUUUGGGGUCAAGUUGGCUAACGUUUUUGAUACAACGUUGGCCUAUGAGACAUUACUGAAUCAGUGUAACGUCUUCCCGGUCGAACGUGAGAUUGCCCGACAUCGCAUCGAUCUAGGCUCUCUGUGUGAGAUGGUAGGAGAGAAAUAUGGCGGUGAAGAUGAUAAGAUGUCUGAGAUUCUAAAGAACAACCCCCACAUGUGGCAGGACCGUCCUCUAUCUGAAGACCUGGUGAAGAAUGCUGCUGGUACCGUCAGGGCCUUGGUACCUCGAGUCUUCAACAAACUCGAUCGCCUCAUACAUCCUGCCUGGCAGCAGUAUUUUGAUUGGAUGUGUGAAGAAACCCUUCGACAGGCCCAAACUACCAACUAGAAGGAUAUAUAAAAACUGAAUCGGCCGAUCAGACAUGUGUCUCUGACAACGAUGUUAUGACAAGAUUAAAAAAGGAACGCUGUGUCAUAACUAUUUAGACAGUUGUUCGUAGUUGGACAAUAAAGAUUUAAGUCCUGUGUUGAGAUUUAGCGAGCCAAAGAACGCAAUGGCCAUGGCAAAAACCAUGUAAUUGGUAGAACCAAGAACUCUCUGUUAAUUAUUUCGGAUAAUUUAAGGUAGACAUGGUACUUGUGAUACUUAAUGUAGAUUUUAAGAGUAUUGAGAUGACCUUAAAAGAGCUUCCAUAAUGUAGUUGGACGAACUGACUCAUAUUGUUUAAAUCAUAGGACGAGUUCCCAUUGUUUUGAAAGUUCAUUUUACUCUUUUAAGGGAAAAAUGCAUCCACGAUUACUUUUGUUGCAGCCUUCUAUCGAAAGAGUGAAUAGGGGUUCAGAACCCAUAUCUUUGCAAAAUAAUUAGAUAUUUUGAUGUAAUUGUAUUGAUUUGUAUGAAUAUGUUGCAAUGACUAUACUGCAGUUGAAUUAUAUAGGCCUAAAGUAGCGUAAGCUUUUCGAAAAAUAUCUAAAUAAGGACCAAUAAGCGUAUAUCCUUGGUAAAUGAGAAAAUAUGACUAUAACAAUAGAAUUUAUUUGAUUAAAUGUCUCCGAGAUAAGAUAACUCCUCACUUAUAGGCUUGAAUACGAUACGACUGUGCAUAUUGUGCUUACAAUCAACACUUUGUAUGUUGGGAAAGAAAAUUAAGAUCUAGGAAUUAUAUCAUGUGAACUGACUAAUCACGGAAUAAAAAU